AUGAUGGAGCCCAACAUCAGUUACGUUCCUCCCAGUCCCUUGGAUACCAUGGCGGCCGCCUCUGCCAUGCGGUUCGCCGCUCGAAGCGUUAGUUUCGGCGGUGAAAGCGAUCUGCUACCCAAGAAAACUUCUGUGGCGAGUGCCGAUGAUCCCUCCGAUGCGCGAGAGGCCGCUCUUCUUCUUUCUUUCACCAGCAUCGCUGAGAACGAGAUCCGUUCCAUGGGUACGUCUGCUCGCCUUUGGGACGAUGAAGAUCUCGAUAACUUUCCCCGGCUUCCAAGCUUGGAUGAUGGAGCUCCGGUUGCCGCAGGUAUUUGUUCUGUGAAUCCAUCUUGGACGCCUCUGGUCCAACCUCGUCUGGCUUCUCCCAUGAUGUACGAGUCCACAAGCGAUGACAACUCCAGUGACUCGACUUACACGGGACGAGACUCUCCCAUCGUCCACCAAGGCACCAAGGGAGCCUGGAAGCGUCUGCGGGCCGUGUCCAUUGACGCACCCCCAGAAUCUCCACCUGUCGCUCUUAAACCUGGAAUUCUCUCCAGUAUCAAGGCGUCAGGAAGAUCUUCCACUUUCGCCAACAUUGUCUCUCCUCUCAGCACUCCUGUUCUCCUCAAGCCCUCCAAGCUUCCCAUGAGAAAGGCCAAGCUCCGACAGUCCCAAAAGGCCAAGCGCAACAAGAAGAAGCCAAACACGACUCCUUUGGCGCCACCCGCCAAAAUGGAGGCCGCCGAAGAUAACAAGAAACGUUCCCUCAAGCCUGUGGCCGUCCCUAAAGGAAAGACCCUCAAGACUAUCUUACGCAAAAAGUUCUCUUGGAAGAACUACCCAGAGUUGGAGGCCUUUUUGAUUACCAACCGCGAAGAGUACCUUCGCCAUUCCGCUCUCAACUACACUGUGCAGCAGAAACAGUACAACAACCGCCUCACGGAGCGCUUGUUGGAGUUGGCGGCGGAGCAUGGGUACGUCUUUGAUGAUGUCGAAUUCUCCUUUGUCACGGUCCGCGACCGUAUCCGCUGCUAUUUCAAGUCCUAUGUCCAGUCCGCCAAGAAGCGUGGCAUUAUCAUUGGCUAUGCGGCCCGCAAGGCUGGUCUCUUGACCACGGAUGACCUGGAAAAGUCAGCCAACCAAGAGGGUACCAUUUCCGGUUAG